CUCUCAUCACACUGAUCCAAUUACAUUAAGAAAAAAACAACAACAAACAUUCAAGCUUUUUAUAAAAAUGGUUGUGAAAUGUCUAUUUUUAGACAAUAACUAAAUAUGAAUAUGUGAUAACUUAAAAACAUCAAGCCAAACUGAGAUUAGACUGAUCAACAAGAAGAUUCUCUCAUGGCCAAUAGCACAGGUGUUUCGACUGGAGAUAUUUCAUACGGCCUCACGAAAACAAUGGCGCUACUGUUGGCCAAUAUUCUAGCUCCUAGCAUCACUAUCGUGGGUGUGGUGGCCAAUGGUGUCAGCAUUGCAGGGUUCACCAGGCUCGGUCUCAGAGACAGCGUCACCGUCUCUUACUUCCUGUUGACCAUAUCAGACUUUGCCUUCACCAUUAGUAACCUGAUCAUCAUCGUGUCCAUGAUGUUUGUCCAAACAGGUGGUCAGUGGUACGUGGACCCGUUAUCAUUGACCACUGUCAUCUACCCUGUGUACCGGAUCUUCUACGACCUGUCCAACACGAUUACCUGCUACAUCGCCAUCGCCAGGUGUUGCUGUGUCGCCUUGCCCCUCAAGUUCAGGUCAACCUUCACGAGGUCAAGGACGUUUGGGAUCAUCGGUGUCAUGUACAUAGGAUUUUUUGUGGAGUUCGCACCGCUGUUUGCCAACCAGGGUCUUCACGAGGUGUUCUUACCGGCAUUGAAUGUAUCUCGGGUGAUCGUUUGGUUUUCGAAGGACAGGGACCAGAUAGUCAAAAUCAUAUUUGACAGCAUCAAUGGGACUUCGUUUCUCAUCAUCACGUUCUUGAUUUCCGUAAUCUGUUUGAUAAUCAUCUUCAACGGCCUAAGGUUAUCAUCUAAAUUUAGAAUGUCCUUGAAAACUCAGCCCCCGCCGAAUGAAAUUGAUCGAGUAACGGACGGAAAGAAAAACGAGCAAGUGAAGUCAAGCAUGUCGGUGUUAGAGAUUAAGGUAGUCCAAGGCGUGGCUUUAGUGGUGUUGAUAUCCGUCUCGUGCAAUUUCCCGAUGAUAUGCAUAGCUUACAGCCGACUGGCCGUCCCCGAGCUGGAGCUGGGCAGAGCUUACAACAACUUGUAUUUUUUUAUUCAAAACAUCAGUGGUUUUAUCAUCUCUGUGAAGAAUUCCUUCAACUGGGUCGUGUAUUACAAUUGCAACACACGUUAUAGAGCGACUCUCAGAUCUUUGUUUGUAAAGAUUGGCGGCUUUAAACUAUUUAGCCACGAAGCACUCGUCUAAGACCUUCUCAUUAGCUCAAUCAGACAUAAACUCCAGCAGCCCCCCCCCCCCACCUGUGUUCCAAAGAAAUGUUAAAUCAACGUUAGAAGAGGACGUGUCUCUUAAAGGAUCGUUUAAUUUUAGCAAUGUUUUUAGAUGUGUUUGAUUGCUACAUUUUAAUUUUUGUUUAGAAAGCUGUUGGUUCAUUUACUCCAAAAUAAAUUGGUGUUAUUGUUUCCUCCUACGAUAUUUCGAUAUGCUCAAGUUGAUAUUUACAUACCAUUAUCUGUUAAGGAACAUUUUAUCGGAUCAACGACUUUUUUUAUGGGUUAGCUUUAAUUUUAAAAAAAAUAGUUGCCGUUUUAGGAAGGUCAAUAUUCAAAGAACCGUUUUCAGCGUUCGAAAUGCACGAGAGAAACAGCUUUAAGCGUCUGUAAGAACUGUCCAAACCGUUGGGGGAAAAAGUGGG